AUGAGGGCCGUGCUCUGGGACCUGCUGUUGCUCUGCCUCUUUGCCCGGGCGCGGGGCGACUGCCGGGGCGACUGCCUGCGCUGCGACCGCCAGCUCUACCGCGACAGCUUCGAUGUCCUCGUCUGCAUCCUGGAGUGCGAAGGCGAGGCCGUGCCGCGGGCCACUUGGGAGCUGUGCGCUGCCGCCCCGCUGCGUGAACGGGAGCUGCUGGGGCGCCGAGAAGCCGAAGACGAAGGGGUGGAAGCGGCGCCGGACGCCUUCCUGCAGCCAUCGGAGGACAUUGCGCGACGACCAGGAGGUUUCCCUCUGGGGACGCGCGGCUGGAGGCCGGCGCCAACGGCCAAAGGGGUGCAGAAGCGAUACGGGGGCUUCAUCGGGGUGCGGAAGUCGGCGAGG